AAAUGUAUUGUGUCAAUCCCAUUAAUAAUGAUAUGUUUGAAUCUCUUCUUACUUGCAUGGUCACACAGUUAACUGUAUAUACCUAUGUAAUUGAUUCAACGGUUCGAUUCCUGCUUAAUGAUUACGAUAACAGUAAUACCAGCGAAAUAACCACUGGUUUUAGUAAUCUCAGUGAUGUAUCGGAAUUAUAUUCAUCGAUGCUUCGUAAAUGCCUGAUGUCCUACCUAAAAGUUUACAAAUUUUUCCUGGUUGAUAGGAUAGUUCAAUUUUCUUAAAUCUGUCAUGUACAUCAUUUUAAGGACUCAUCAUAUCACGUUUGCUCCUUAUUAUCUCCUUCAACAUUAUAUUUUAUGGAAAUUAUCUAUGAUACUGGUGGUUCUACUACCUAAGAAUGUUGUACGUUAUUUUAUGUCAUACAAAAUGCCAUAACCACUCUUUUCCUUUGUUUACAUUUGCAACUAUCAUUACCAAUACGAUGUUCUUACUUGAGAACCCUUAAAUCUACAAAUAUGACAUCAUUCAAUUGUUUCAAAAUUCAUGAUACAAACAAUUUUAUCGCACAUGCUACGAAAACAAAUAAUUCGGAAGGGAGCAUAUGCACUUCUGAAAAUGCCAAUAUUACUAAUAGUAAAUGUAAUCAAUCAGUAGCUUCUGGAAAUAAUACAGUCAUUUCAACAACAACUAACAGUUUACUAGAUUCUAGAGAUGUGAACCCCAAAAUCACAAUAAGUUAUUCAUCUUAUUCACGUGGAAGUAAUAAUCUGCUACGGUGUAGACCACAUUUUCGUCACUCCAGUUUAUCAUCUUCUGCAUUUGGAACAUGUAUGCCAAGUAAUAAACGUGAUGGUCAUUGCAAUAGUAACAACAAUAAGGAAAAAAUCUCUACAACUCCAUCUACGGGUGUACAGUUCAGCCGUAACUGCUUUAGAUAUUAUCCUAAUCGAAUACGUAAACAAUUGGAGUCUGCUGUGACAAAAAAUGAUCCAUUGUUGUGUUUAGUAACAUCUACUGAUUGUACUGUACAAUCAGGUCCUGAAAUCAUCUAUACUACCAGUAGUUCCAUGAACAAUGGCAGCGGUCUAGUUCGUAGUCAAUCAGAUUCUACAUGUUUAUCAUUAAAAGCAAUAAUAGGUAAUGAAAAUUAUAUUGAUGCUGAAGUAGAUCAAGAAAUUGGAGCACAGACUAAUAUUGUUGGUUGUAGUAACAAACAUGUAAAUUAUAUAUCAGAUGACUCGGCACAAAGUUCUAAUAUCUCAUCUUGGGAAAUGAACAACAGUGCUUCAUUAGAUGGGAGUAAUUCCAUUGAUAAGUAUAACUUAGAAAUUAGUAAUAAGUGUACAUCAUUGCUACCUUCGUUAUUAUUAUCUUUAUCGUCAUCAUUGUCAACGCAGAUGAAUUUCCGUAAGGUAAAUAUAACUGAAACUCAAGAGAAGUUGGGAAUAAAAACAGAAGAAGGAAGAGAUGACAGAAGUCAAGACGAUGAUAUGUUAGCUAGUUUUAUGCGAAAUUCAACUAUCGGGUCUAUACCAAACAGUGGAUUUACAUCGGAAUUAUCGAAUUACUGUGGUGCCUCGAAUAAGUCAUCAACAUCAGCUGUUUCUCAUCAACAUCAAGGAACCAAACUAAAGUGUCGGAAUACGCCUAAUAACCUAUCAACUCCAACAACUCCAAGUCGAAGUUAUCAGUUAAUAUGUCGUAAUGGAAUACAAAGUUACUCUUUAGUAACAGAAAAACCUACGGGACACUCUACUUCCCCUGAAAAUCUUGAUUUCGUUGAUCAAAAUUCGGAAACUUCCAUUUGUUUUCAUAAUACUCAAUCAUCUAUCUGUUGUUCAUCCAGCAACUGUAAUCCAGAUCAUAACACAUUGUGUAGCAAUGGACAAUUAACUUUUCCAGGUCACUUAUUUAACCAACAUCAAUUUGGUGCUAUAACACCUGAUUAUUUGACCAAAUCUUAUAAAAUUACAAAUCAUUCAGAUUUAGAAAUAUCUCAGUCUUCUGUUGACGCACACAUUCAACCAAUUCUUCACUAUUAUGCUGGGCCUCAAAAUACUACUCCUGCUAAUUUAUAUUCCAUAAUUUCUACAUCUAAAGAGUGUUCUUCGCACCCUAUUCCAUUGGUUGAAAUUUCCACGUCAAAUGUUAUCAAUGCUUCUCACUCUAGUCAAUGUCGUCCUAUCUAUUCUGAUUCACUUGAUAUUCUUAACAACAGUAAUACUUAUCCUAAAACACUUGAAUUGCAUCCGGAACCUAUUAAUCUAUUUUCUCAAGUUAGUCAAUUAUCAACAGGUUCAACAACAACCACUACCACAACAACUUCGAAUAACACAACAGAAAAACCAACUGCACCAUUGCCAUCUCGUAAGCAAAGACCAUUAUCCCCUUCUUUAUCAACUACUUCCAUCACUGGAGUUAUAAAUACGAAUACUAUUACCACUAUGCAGCAAAACCAUACAAAUAUAAGUUCAGUUGAUCAUCAUCAUCACCGACAACAACAGGCGUAUACUCCUAAAUUACUACAUAACAGUACUAUAGCAGCUGUUAAUACUAAUAUCCAGUCACGUACUCCAUCUAAAUCACAGGGUACAUUACACUAUCAACAAAUUAACCCGUAUCAAAAUGCACCUAAAUUAGUCAGUGGAUGGCCAUUAUCUUCAAGUGCUGGGAAUCGUCCUCUACUGACUAAUAAUAACACCAAACUUGAUUCUCAUCAAACAAUUGCUAAUUCAGAUCAGUUUAUUACUGGAACUAGCGGCGAUAGAAUUAUAAACUAUUAUAAUAACAAUAGUAACUACAUUCAUAACGCUGGUAUUUCUAGUAACACUAUUACUAACAAUAAUACGAACAAUAACAUUGGCUUUAUGAAUAAUAACUCCGGUGACAUGAUGGCACAGAAUAGUCCACGUCGUAGUCCUCGCACUGUUAACACCAACUAUUCGGUAAAUGCGAACACUGUUGAAUCAACUUAUAACCCAAUUGAGUCCUGUACACCAAUAGGCGGCAGUUUACAAGCCUCUGUAUCUGUUCAUUGUUCUUCUAAUCUAUUGAAACCAAUGUCGACGUCGAUACCAUCUACCACGACUACCACUGCUGCUAUUUUCUCAGGAAAUGUAGACUCAACACUUAAAAAUAAAUCAUUUAUCCCUUCACGAAUAAAUAAUAGUAGUAGUGUUAGUAAUCAUCAAACUGUAACAAUAAGUCAGAAACAUGGUAGUAUUUCUUCUCAUCCACCUCCUCCACCCCUCCCACAACAACAAGAAAAAACAGCUGAUUUACUGAUUGAUGACCCAGCGAAUGAAAUGACCAUUAGUGAACUACGUUCAAUAGCUGAGCGUCAGCGUCAACAACUGGCUAGACAAGCUCAACAAUUACAAGCUAGAGAAGAACGUCGUGCAUGGCUUCGUUCGUUAAAUUCACAACGUUCAGUACAAAAUCGAUGUGUUGAAAAUGAAAAGGUCACUUCUAAACCAUCUGAUCUUAGUCAAGAACAAGAAAUCCGAUUGCACAAAUUACGUGGUUUUCGUGGCCAAACAGAACAAGUUCGUUUGAGCAAUGAAAAUCUAGUAAAAGAAAUCGAUCGAUUAGCAUCAUUGUUAUCUGGUAAAGAACAUGAUUUACAAGUUUGCCGACAAAGAGCAGAUGAAGCUGAACGUAUGUUAACUUUAAUUAGUCAAUGGCAUAAUGUGAUUGCAAGUGCACGUUGUCAAACAAUAAAUCAAGCCGGAAUGACAACAACAGUUGGAACUAAUCCAACACAUUUAUCAGAUGAAACUUCUUCUUCCUCUUCUCUUAGCCUACCUUUUAUGCAACCACCUUUUUUCUCUGAACUAGAUAAGAAAAGAUGGCAUGAUGGCCUUGUUGAAGCAGAUCGUUUGGACAGACAAUUUGCUUUAGUGUUUGGACGUAAACCUCCCAUACAAACAUGGUCUUCUAGUCAGAGUAAUCUACACUUUGUAAAUUCACUUGUAUCGGAAACAAAACUAGCACCUCACAUUCCGUGUUCACUUCCAUCGAUUACUGUUCCGUCUGCUUCUCCACCAUCUUAUUCAACAUAUCAUAACUACUCAAAAUCUAGGUUAAUUGAUCAAAGUCCAAAUGCUCAUGAUGAUCAUUCUCCUCCUCCUCCCUCUUCUUCUAUCACCCUUCCACAUAUUCCCAUAUCCCAUUCAACUCCUGUUAUAUCAAGAACACCAGUAACAACAAUUGACGGCGCGACAUCACCAAACAUUGCCUUCAGUUCAGUGCUUACACGAGAUAGUAGCCCACCUACAUCUAGUCGUCGGUCAUGUUUUCGCACAUUCAUGCAGUUACAUCCCGGUUAUGGUAUUUGGAGCCCGAAUACCACUAUAAGCAGCAAUAAUAGUUGCAUUAGUAAUAAAGAUAGUAUACUAUCACCUGCUACAAUUCACCCACUGCCUAUUCCACGUAUUAAAGCUCCACCAAGAUAUGCAUCACGUGCUGUAAUUAAUGAUACAUAUAUGCGUCGUAUAUGUCGUGAUAGUGUUGAAAAAUACAAACGUACAGCUAGUGAAAUUUAUCUAGCUGGUGUGAACAAAUUAAAUGCGAAAUCGUCACCUCCGUCAAUUCAAUCACCAGCACCAACGAUACCGUCUUCUGAAUGGUCAAAUAAUUCAGUUACCUCUGAACACCAUCAACAACAAACAUGUAACAUUAAUUCAAUGAAAGCGAAUGAACAGAUCGUGAAGAAUGCCGAAUCGUUAGAACAAAUCUCCGGUUCUUCUGUAAUAUAUCAUCCUUGCAAAUCAUAUGAGCCAGAUGUAAUCACUAAUGAAAAUGGCGACAAAAUACCUGACCAAAAUGUUCACACUUCUGUCCAUCCAACCACUAGUUCACUUCCAUCGUCCCCAUCCAUUUCACCUUCAUCAUCCUCAUCUUCAUUGGAACUAAUUGGUAUAGAUAUACAACCAGACGAUGAACACAAAUUAUCUUUAUUAUCCAGUGAGUUUGAUUCACCUGAAGAUGAACAGAAACAACAAAAUUCUGGUGAUGUAGAUAGUGGUCUAGGCGGUUCCGACCACACUGUAAAGUCAGAACAUCAACAACCACAAAUUAAAAAAUCAACAUCUAUUUUGCAGAUGACAACAAUAAUGACUCCUGAAACUACAACAAUAAAUACAACUAAUGCUACCAUUCAUACUACAAUUAGUAUAACUUCUCCUUCAACUGUCACUACUGCUAUUGUUCAACGUGGUGAGGUGAACAAACAAGAAAUUUCCUCAGGAAUUAUGGUUUAUGUAGAUGAGGAACAUGGAGUAAAUGUUAGCACGAAUAAUAACUCUUGUAAUUACAUUGAAAGACAAGUUAAAUCUAUUCUACGUAAAUCAAAACCCUCCUCAUCACCACUGACUUCAAAACAAAGUUCUAGCUUAGAUGGUAUAACUGAAACAACUCAAUCAUUAACAUCUUCAUUAAGCCAAUCGAAUUCUGUACGAUUUCAUCCAUUAGCUUUAUUGCUCGAUGCUGCAUUGGAAGGUGAUUUGGAAUUAGUGAAAAAAGCAGCUUCUGAGGUUAACGAUGUUUCUGAAUCAAACGAUGAAGGUAUUACAGCAUUACAUAAUGCCGUAUGUGCUGGCCGUGUGGAUGUAGCUGAAUUUCUUGUACUUUCAGCUGGUGCUGAUGUAAAUGCAGGUGAUACAGAUGGUUGGACACCACUUCAUUGUGCUGCAUCUUGCGGAAAUGUACCUUUAGCUAAAUUAUUAGUUGAACACGGGGCUUCAUUACACGCUCGUACUUUAUCGGAUCAGGAAACUCCUUUGGAAAAGUGUGAUCAAGGAGAUGAAGAAGCUGAAUGUGAAGAAUAUCUGUAUUUCCAACAUGAACGUCUUGGUUCUGCCGCAUCUGGUCGUGUUUAUGCGCUCUUCCCUCGUGGAAUAGAAGCAGCUGGACCAGGUUCCAUGGAUGCUCAUUUAGAACCAGAUGAAUUGCCACUUAAACCAAACGAACUCCUUACUAUAGUUAAUCGUGAGCCACCUGGUGAAAUAGAAUGGAUGUUAGCUGAAAAUUCUGAAGGUCAACGAGGUCUUGUACCCAGAUCGCAUAUAUCAUGUUAUCCUUUAGUGCGUAUACCACCAUCAAGUUUACCUAUUAUGGAGACGCCUAAAACGUUUUCAAUGAAAUCAACCAUUUGGAAUGAAUUCGACAAUGAUGAUGAUGACGAUGACGAUAGCGAUGGUGAUGCUAACACAAGUAAAUAUGAUCAUCAGCGUGAAGUGGAGUAUAAACUUUACGAUGAGAAUCAGCUAUUGCCUGAAAGAAUAUCAAAAAUGCAAUUUGUUUCUUCAUCUGAUAAUCUCGUCAAUGAUAAUAAUAACACUACUCUUAUUACAAAUGAUAGCAAUAAUAGUCGUCCUUAUACCCAAGCUACGAUUGAAAUUGAAGAUAUUACUUCAGUUAAAUCUUCAUCAACAUUACCAUUUUCAGAAGUUAAACAUUAUAUACCUCGUCCAUCAUCUGUUGAUUUCACUGGACUUAAAACAGAGGAUCGUCAGUCGUCAGACGAGAUUCAAAUAUAAACUCGUGUAUCCAUAGAUGGUACACAUUUUGCAUAAUAAGUUCAACACAAAAAGACAUCAUUGAUGCAGGUAAUAACAAACAGACUAAAACAAAUGAAACCUGUGAUUUGGCGACAGCAUUUUAAUUAGCUUCUUGAUUAACAGGAAUCUUUGUACAAACACACAGACGAAGUAGUAUGUAUUAGUACAUACUUUCACAUUCUUCAUGAAAUGUAAUUUCGCAAUGGUCUCAAUUUUUAUUCGGUUACAUUUGUUAAUGAUAAUGAUAUUUGUACACAUAUUCAGUCUCGGUGAUAUUGGACGGAGUGUAUUAUAAUGUGCAUGUUUGACAUAGAAUAAAACUAAGAGACUAGGAAAAUACUGUAACAAUCAAUCCAUGUGAUUAUUAUGUAUAGAGUACAGUAGAAAAAGUGAAUAAUUAUGCUACUCACUACCUAUCUAUUCUUAUUUACUAAUACAUACAUCUAAUACUUAUUGUUCCUAUACCUCAUAGAAUGGUCUGGUGGAAAUAAGUGAUUUUAAUAUAUAUAUAUAAGUACGCUUUUAUGAUGUGUGUAGUUCAAGUUUUAUUAAGUCUCCAAUCUGUUAUUAUUCAAUCUUAUUUUCACUUGUUUUAUUUACUUAUUUACUCUAGUUUAUUUUUCAUUGUUGUCGUUGUUGUGUAUUUGUUUACUCGAAAAUGUACAAACAAUUCGUAUAAACCAAUGUAUUACACGAAAACAUAAUUUUAUCUUACUGUAUAAUUUAUUUCCAUUCUAUUUGAAGUGUUACUGAUUUUUUUUCCGGAAAAACUAUUCUAUUUCACAUCCUAAUUUAGCUCAAUGCUAUAAAUUGCUUAUUCGAUGUGUUUCUUUUUAUAACCGAUAUGUAUGGUUUUACGGGUUUUUGUUCGUGUGUAAUGGGAAUCCGUUUUAAAGAAAUCUUAAAUCAACUCAAUCGAUUUGUUUUGUGGUGAAAGAUAAACAUGACUGAUGCUUUUCUUUGAUUGGUUUUUCCCACUACAAUUGUUUUCAAUUUAUACAUUUAAUUUGGAAGCAGUCAAUUUUGCAUAUACAAAAAGGACACAAAUAUCGAUGUAUACUCUGGUAUAUAUAAUUCAAUGUCAACGAACCGUAGAUAAAUAUGCCUGUUUUCUUGAUUUUACUUUCGUUGUAUCUUAUCAUUUUUGUUUGUUAUGAUUUUGCAUAAUGAUUUAGUUAUUUUUCUCUUGCCUAGUUUCUUUCAUUUUCAUACGUCAAUAUGAAAUAGUUUUAGAAAUAUUUUAUGCCGCGUUAUUAUUUGCUCUUUUUUCUGGAUUGCCUUCAGAGCACUGUCAUCAUCCUUUCUCUCCCUCCCUGCUCGAAUGAUAUAAUUACUCGUUUUCAAUUUAGUGUAUACGUAAAAUGAACUAUAACGGAUCUCUUUCACUCUGAUUACAUUUUUUAUCAUGAUCACUUCCUUGUGUGUUCCAAUCUUCUCAGUGCCAUUUCCGAUACCUCUCUUCUCUUUUCUGUACUUUGCUUUGUUUCUGUAUCUCUGCCUCACCAUUGCUUACUUUGUGCCGUACUUGUGCGUGUGUGCCUUUUCUCCUCAUUUUGGCGUCCAGUUUUGUGGUUUCUUGGUGUUUCCUUUCUCCCCAUCAAUUUAUCUUUUCCUUAUUUUCUUCGUUUCCAACAUAGUAGUAUCUUGUCUUUUCAUAGCCAUCUCUCUCUCUUCAUCUGCUAUUUAUUGUUUUCUUUUUUCAAACGCCUGAGAAAAGACUAAUAAAAAUAUCAAACAGAUUUCUGUAUUUAAACCAACAUCUCAUGUAUCUGUGUGUAUAGUUUUGCACACAUUAUCUUAUUUGUAUCGUAUUUUCUAAUCUACACCAGAAUUCUCAUUGCGUAUAUACAAUUCAGAGAGAAACCAUAUUGAUAAGAUAAACACAUUAGUUACUCAAUAAACAAUACUGUUUGAAUUUCAUUCUUGUUUACAUUUAAAGUGAAAGGUUCAUCAUCAACAUAUAGCAUCGUUUUAUAAGGAUGAAUUGAAAGUCAAAGUACAAUUAGCACCAUCGUUCUUAUUCACCACUCUCCACUUCUACAGUGGUCUUGUAACGAAUUUCUAUCGGUAACAUUUGACAAAUUGUCGAUAAUUCACUCCUCAUCCAGUGUUCCAACACUAGUUUGUUUACUACAAAAUCCUAAAUUUGAUUCGAUGGCGGAUUUAUGGUUUUCAUUAUCCAAAGAACUUGAAAGUAAAUCAGGACAGAUUUCCAACAGUUCGUAAAGUUAUUUUGGUUUUUGAGGAGGAGACAUCAUAAAAUUCACUUAGUAUCCUAUAAAUAAUAUUCACUGAUUUAAGGUGGAAAAUUAAAUUUUAUAUAAAUCUGUAGAACUGAUCACGGAAGCAUGAAGCAUUAGUUUACACUGCAUGAUGAGAAGCAUGAGUUACAAAGGGAGAAUGAAUGUCUAAAGAUUGUCAUGAGUCUUGUUUAAUUAGUGUUUAAUUUGUUCAACAAACUUUUUACGUUGACACCCUGAAAGUUUAUAUUCCAGAUUACAAAUUUAUAAUGAGUAAGUGUUAUCAGAAAAUGGACCUGGUUUCAUCGAAACAUAACUGGAUUAUGUAGGUCGCAGAAAGUAUGCAAGACUGCAGAAAAAAAGUAUAAAUGUAUUCCUUCUUCACAUAAUUCACAAAUAAUUUACAGGACCUAAUCUUAUUGAUUUCGACAAUAAGUGUAUC